UCAGGACUGAGUGGGAGUGUUCGAAAAUCCUGCUCCGGCUUUAUAACACGUGUAUACAAUGAAUGUGUUAAAUAUUUUCGAAAUUAAGAGGGAAUACAUAUGGCUUCUGCUUUUCUUCACAGCACUGUCCGGAGCAUCAGUAUGCCAGGUGAACGAGACGUCAGUGUGGGAGAGUGAGGGUGGUGGAGGCGUCAGUAUGAUCCAGGGCGAGGUGUUCAGGACGUGUCCUGGACCCCAUGAUCCAGCCAACCACACGGCCUGCUGCUACACUGACGACACUCCCACCUGCUGCCUCCCAGUUACACCCCCAGAGGGCAUUUUUCUCAUUGAUGAUCAGAUAGCCAUGAUCAUCGCUCUGAGUGUGACAACAGUGUGUGUCAUAUUAACCAUCGUUAUCAUUAUCUGCUGCUUCUGGUCCCACUGUCCACUUUUCUCAGUUUGCCGAAUACGAUACCACCAAGAUGACAUUAUUGCCUAUGCUAAUAAAGAUGAAGAAACUGCUGGUCUUAAUGACAUGCCUCCAGAAAUCACAAAGGGGGUGUCCAUAUACUCUCCAAACACUAUGAAGGUCACUCUCAAGAAUGACAUAUAGUGACCUCCAGCAAUGUCACUUUCAUAUAUAGCUUUGGGUUUUCAGUACUGUAUACUGUUUAGUAAGCAUUAUUUCAAUAUAAUGACUCUGCAGCAUCAUCAAUCUGGCUACUACUGCAGCCUAAUGAUGGUAUGAUGAAUAUGAUGAUGAAUAUGAAACACAUUGCUCCAAGAUAUGACUUUAAUUGCAUUACUUUAUGUCUGUGCUUAUUAACUGGUGGUCCUUGGGCCACUGGUGGUCUCUAGUGUGUAAUGUUACAUGGUUGACCUAGCCACUAGAGCCACCUUGGAAUAUAUAUAUAUAUAUACACAUACUAGAGCCACCUUGGAAUAUAUAUACACACAUUAGAGCCACCUUGGAAUAUAUAUACCCACAUUAGAGCCACCUUGGAACAUACAUACACACAAACUCAAGCCACCUUGGAACAUACAUACACACAAACUCAAGCCACCUUGGAACAUAUAUAUACAAACACACACACUAGAUCCACCUUGGAACAGUUACACACUUAAGCUAGAACAUAUACACACUAGACAACUUUGCAACAUACACUGGAGCGCACCAGUGGCCCACGGACCACCGGCUACAAACCACAGCUUAAGAAGCUGGUCACAAAUAGCACAUGCAGCUUAUUAACAUUAUUUUUCGAGUCAGCUUUUGUCAGUUGGUGUUAACUGCUUACUCUGAAUUCACAUGAAUUUUCCCUCAUAUUUUGCUAGUACAAUAUAUUUUAUUUUGCUACUAUACUGUAUUUGACUCAGUGCCAUCUUAUAGGCUAUAUUAUGCUAUCUGGAGUCCUUUAGCAUUUGAUUAAAAUCAAAACUUUGUUAACUAUUAAACUGUGCUGCUAUUUAAAAGUACUGUACUACAUGAAAAUGUAUAUGACUAAAAACAGUUAACCAUUAAAAUGGGGAAAAUCUCAUAUAAUGAUUGUGAUGCAGGAAGAAAUCACAUAUAGAGAAAGAAGCACAGGAAGAUAUUGCAUAUAGAGAUUGGAGUACAGGAAGAGUUCACAUAUAGCAACUGGAGCACAGGAAGAUAUUGCAUACAGUAAUUGGAGCACAGAAAGAGUUCACAUAUAGCAAAUGGAACAAAGUGAAGUAGCUGCAAACAAUGGAGCACAGGAGAAAAUCACAUAUAGCAGUUGGAGCAGUGUAAGGGAUAAUAUUACAGUAUUGAAUUUAUUGUUUACAUUUAUUUUGAUUAGUAGUUGUUGCAUUUAACUUUGUAAAACUAAAACUAAUUAUUUAUUCUGGACAGAUUUAGGUCUGAUGGAACCCUAAGCCCUUGCCUAUUAUCACCAACCAACUCCACCCUUCCCCAAUCCAUAAAAAUGCUUCUUUUAUUUUUUGUGAUGAGGUGAAAUUAUACUUUCCAUAAGCUCAAGCUUGAUGGCAAGUACAGUACUCUACAGACUAUUUGAAUUUACCUGUGAAAUAUUUAAAUGCUAAUGAUUUGUUGGACUAAUGCUUAACUGCAUAUAAAUCUACAAACUGGAUACUGUGGUACAUACCUAGGUACUUAGCGCUGUGUGAAAGAUUGAAUUUAGCUGUUGUGCUCUCUGCAGCUGACUCACAAAUUAGAGCGAGGUCCUGUGUUCUAUUCCCAUGGAGGACAAGACGUUUGGGCAUGUUUCUUUACACCUGAUACCCCUCUACACCUGACGUGUCUUGUGGGUUGUAUCCUGCGGACGGUCAGUCAUUGGUAUAGAGAGGAACCUUAAUAAACCUUAACAGGUUUCCUAUCCCUGACAAUGGGAAACAAUAUGCCUCUGCAUUAGCAUCUAAUCCUUUGUGUAUUGUAUGUAUAAAGCAGAGUAUACAUAGUUCCCUAAACCCAUUUCCAUCACUAGGACUAACACUAAUUAUAUUCAUUAUUAAAUAAUAUAUUAUGUAUCUGUAAAAUUAAUUUAAAAAAUUCAAAAUUUAGUUCUCAAUAAUUACUUAAUUAGGCCUAUUAACCAAACAUAUCUUAAUUUAAUUAAGCAAUGAUAUGGAAACCAUUAAAAAACUUUGAAGCCUGCUACUGCAAUAAUUAAAACAAUUUGGUACUCAAUGUUAUAAUAAAUUAUUAUUAUUUACAUAUUAAUUUUGUUUUGCAUAUUAUUUGUAAAAAUGUAAUGCAUAUUUCUAAAAGAUAAUCCUAGUAUUGCCUUUUUCAUUUUUCUUUCUAAUGCUGACAAUGUUGAGAGUAGUAAUUAACUAAUUAUGUAUAAACGGCCAAGGCAUAAAGAGCUAGAUCUCACUUCCCAUAGUCACUGAUGGGUAAUCAUUAAGUCUAGUGAUUAAUUUACAAAUGAACAAAAACUACUGUACAAACACAAAGUUUAGCCCAUUCUCUCCAUUAUCACUCCGUAAAAAAUGGAGCAUUUUUAUCUAAUCAGAAGCAUUAGAAGCUAUAGGCAGCCCACCUAAGCUACUGGAGUUCUCAUUAUAAUUUCCCUACAUCACCAAAAUGUUUACAUUGUGGUUCAUAGUAUGAAAGAUGUAGUGUUCAGUAAGAGGACAGGUUGAACAGUUGAUUUUCAAUGUGAAGGAACUCUUUUUUAUUUAUUUGUUCCAAUAUUUAACUUAACUUUCAAAUGUUUUUGAAUUGUGUAAAAUUUAGUUAUAGUUAUUUCUCCUUUGUAAACUAUUGUUUAUGUUAGUUGAUUUCAUAAUACUUACUUCCCAUUGAGUCUGGGACAGGAAGUGUAUACUUAGCUCUCCCUAGCUCAAUUACUGACCUUCGCAUGGAUGCAGCCCAGUUUUUAUUUAUUUACUGUAUUUAUUCAAGAAGGUACAUUGGGUUUGAGUACAUAACAUCAGUGUUUUUAAUUCUUGUUUUACACUAUACAUGCAUAGUGUUUCAGGAAAGUCUAACUCCUGGGUACCUAUUUACUGCUAGGUGAACAGCCGCAUCAAGUGAAGGGAAAUUUACUCCACCAUUUCUGUCCUGCCUGGGGAUUGAACCCGGGGCCUUGAUUGAGAGUCAUGGACGUAGACCACCCUAUCACAGGAUCCAUAUUUCCAACUAAAUAUGAAUGACCAGAAUAAUGAUUUUUAUUAAUUUGUCAUUAGUGAUUUACUAUAAUAUUAAUAUGAAAAAAAUACUUAUUUAGGCAAGAGUACACACAUACGAUUCAUGAACAGUAAAUUUUGCAACAGUAUGUGGUAAAUAAUUUUAAAUGGAAGAGUGAAUAACUAAAGCACACAUGUAAAUAAUAAUAAUGAUAACACAUUUUAUUCUUAAAUAUAUAUAAGAACAUGCUACAAUGGUUACUUAAAAGAUACUGUACAGUACAGUAAUUAUAUGAUACCAUUUACAUGUACAGUAUUUGCUAAUUACCACUAUAAAGACACAAAUUACCAAUAGCAUUUAAUGAAUUUAGUUUCAAGUUUAUUGGGGUAAUACUUAAUACAGUACUAUACAAGAAGCUGGGUAACAUAUAUGAAUUAUUGAAGACAUACAGUAUAACGAAUAAUAUAUACACACACAUCAUGAGAUAACUUGCAACUUCAAGAUUCACGCUAAGGAAAUAGAGGUGC